AUGUGCUUUCAAUACAAGUGCGCCGACUGCAAAGAGAUCAAGUUGGGUGCCUGCGCUCACUAUGACAACAACGCCAAGAGGUGUCCUCUCUUUGGCGAGAAAUUACCCCGGGCUACAAGGCGUUCGAAAUGCUACACUUGUGUAACAAUCAAGGGAGUGAUUGUCGAAUUACGAAACCUCUUGUACAGAGAGCCAUGGCUCGGAACAGAGGGGCUCAGUGGAGCGCCUAGGAAGGAGAGUUGGGAGACAGACAACAACAACAACAACAACAACAGCAGCAGCAGGGAAAACGAGGAGUACGACUCUGGGGGUGAAGACCCAGACGGGUACACCCGUGAGCAACGGAAGAAGGUGAGGAGGGAGGCGGAGAGAGCGGUGGCUCUGCGGUGGGGGCUGAUGAAGGCGGAGCAGAGCGAGGAGAGGGAG